ACAAAACAGCCCUCUCGCUAUUAGCAAGAAUUGCGAAGAAAAAUCCCCUCAUCUGAAAUACAACAUACAAAUGUACAUAUUUGAGGUCUAAUAGCUAUCUCCCAGGGGGCACACCCCUUAUCAGGCGUCAAUAAGAACCUCGCCAAUUUGAGAUUCUCCUCAGUCAGUUGAAAGACACCAGAGUAUAAUGACUUGGUUUGCUUUGCUCGUCGUUUGCCUCGCAGCAACUGCUGUUCAGGGGGAAGUACCGAUAGUGACGAGGGCCGAAUGGAACGCCAGACCUCCAAACGGACCCAUGGACAGCAUGGAAACUCCCCUGGCCCGAGCCGUAAUUGCCCACACUGCCGGAGGCAGUUGUUCCGAUGAUGUCGCAUGUUCUCAGCAAAUGCGCAACCUGCAAAACUUCCAAAUGUCCAAGCAAAAGUUCUCGGAUAUUGGCUACCACUAUUUGAUUGGAGGCAAUGGCAAAGUUUACGAGGGCCGAAGUCCCAACCAGAAAGGAGCCUUUGCAGCGCCCAACAACGACGGUUCCCUAGGCAUUGCUUUCAUUGGGAAUUUCGAGGAACAAGCUCCCAGUCAAGAGGCCUUGGAUGUCGCCCAAAAACUCCUCGAACAGGCUGUGAAGCAACUUCAGCUGGAGGAUAACUACAAGCUACUGGGCCAUCGGCAAGUGAGUGCCACAAGGAGUCCCGGCGAAGCCCUCUACAAUCUUCUAAAGCAAUGGCCCCAUUGGUCCGAGCAAAUAUAAAAGCAACAAUAAGAUUCCUUAAGGUUUCGACACGUAAAGACCACUCCUUACACAUUUAUUUGUAAAUAUAAUUAUGUAUAAUUUGUUGUUUUGCUUAAAUACGAAUACUAAAAUUUUAA